AUGCCAGAAAUAAAUGACUCAGUUUCUACCCCAAUACAAACCCCUACAAAUUUGAAGAGUGACAGUGAUUUGCACUCGGAUAACGUUCAAAUAUCUAAGGAUACUGAAGCAAAUGCUCAAUCCAAACCAGAAGAUAACAAACCUUUGUCACCUCCAAUUCCAUCACCAAAACCAGUUGAAGAAGAAACAGAUGCUAGACCUCAAUCAGAAUCUGCUGUUAGUACAGUCUCAUCAAAACAUGACCUGGAUUCAAAAGAUGAUGAAUCUAAUGUUUCAACCAAAAAAUUGAAAACAGAAGAAGAACCACAGGACGGGGAGAAACCAAAUGGUACUACAUCUGAAGCCACCAAUGCAACUGAAACAUCAAACGAAUCCAAAGCACAAGAUACUCAAGCACAAGAACAAUCACAAGAUGACAAACUUGAACCUAAGAAAGAAGCCGACUCUCAAGAAGCUCCAAAACCAGCCAUAGUGGAUACUAGUAAUAUGACUCCUGCUCCAAAACCACCAGCUGAACCAGAUAUGAACAAUUUACCUGAAAAACCAUUGCCAAAACAUCAAGCUGGGUUUGCCAACAAAACAUUAAAGAUUAUAAAGAGAAUGAAAGAUGCUGGUCCAUUUUUACAUCCAGUCGAUACUGUCAAGUUGCAAAUUCCUCUUUACUAUAAUUUCAUUACAAGACCAAUGGAUCUUUCAACAAUAGAGAGAAAAUUGAAUGCAAAUGCUUAUGCUGAGUUACAAGAAUUUAUAGAUGAUUUCAAUUUGAUGGUUGAUAAUUGUGUUCGUUUUAAUGGUGCUGAAUCAGGUAUUGCUCAAAUGAGUAGAAAUAUCCAAGCUAGUUUUGAAAAACAUAUGUUGAAUGCACCACCAAAGGAUUUACCCCCAACUGCCACUAAAACUACUGCAAGUGGAAGAAGAAAACAAAGUUCAACACCAAGUGAAUUAAAUGCUUCUGGUGUUCCAACUAUCAGAAGAGAUUCCACAGCUAAUGGCGGUAGACCUAAAAGAGAAAUUCAUCCUCCAAAACCAAAAGAUAUGCCAUACGAUAUCAGACCAAGAAAGAAAAAAUUUGUUCCAGAAUUAAGAUUUUCUCAACAAGUUUUAAAAGAGUUAACCUCUAAGAAAUAUGAAUCUUUUAAUUACCCUUUCCUUGAACCAGUUGACCCUGUUGCUCUGAACUGCCCUACAUAUUUUGACUAUGUUUCAGAGCCAAUGGAUUUAUCUACAGUCCAAAAUAAAUUGAAUAAUAACAUUUAUGAGAAUGCAGAUGAAUUUGAACGUGAUAUUCGUUUAAUUUUUCAAAAUUGUUACAGUUUCAAUCCAGAAGGAACAGCAGUUAAUAUGAUGGGUCAUAGAUUAGAAGCUGUUUUUGAUAAAAGAUGGGUCGAUAGACCAGUUACCCCAGCUACCCCUCAACAAUCUGAUGAUGAAGAAGAAGAAGAAUCAGAAGAAGAAGAAAUUGAUGAAUCUGCAAUCACUAAUCCAGCUAUUCAAUUUUUGGAACAACAAUUAGAAACUAUGAAGUUACAAUUAGCUAAACUGAAAAAGGAAGAACUCGAAAAAAUAAGAAGAGAAAGAAGUAAGAAGAAGAAGAGUUCUAAACCAAAGAAAAGAAGAAGACGCACAUCAGAUGCAUCAUUCACUGUUACUUAUGAAAUGAAGAAGGAAUUGAGUGAGAAGAUGGGUGAAUUAUCCGAAAGGAAGCUGAACCAAGUUUUAUCUAUUAUAGGUGAAGCUCUGAAUAUAAACAGUUCUAAUGGUGAAGAAAUUGAAUUGGAUAUGGAUCAACUGGACAAUGCUACACUUGUCAAACUUUACACUUUUGUUGUUAAGAAGAAAAGCUCAAGUUCAUCUAACGGAUCUGCUCCUCGUCGUCCUACUAGCAAGAAAUCAAAGAAGGGUAGAAAUUUGUCAGAAGCUGAACAAUCCAAACAAAUUGAAAAUUUGAAAAAGAAAAUUGAAUUGUUGGAUCAAACUAAUACUAGUGUUGCUAAUGAUUCAGAAGAAGAUUCAGAUGAAGAUGUCAGCUCUGAAAGUUCAGAAGAAGAAUAA